AUGCAUAUGGUAGAUAGGAAGUAUCAUCCAACAGAACUUGUUCGGGACAAAUUCUGGGAUUCAACCAACGUUAGUCUACCACACACUGCCGACUCUAAGAAACUUCAAUCCACUCAAAUGAUCGGCUCGGUUUUCAACAUUGAUAUUCAAAGUACCAUGAUCUCACCAGCAACAAAUCCCGGAGAGGCGGUUCUUCCAGCUUUGGCAGAGGUGGAUGAGGAUAACACCUCGGAUGUGAGGGGAGAAUCUGGUACAUUACCCGGAGACGGUAAUGAACAGGAUCAGGUGGAUGGUUAG